CCUGAGGACGGCGUGCACACGAGCGGUCUCUUCGUCGAGGGUGCGCGGAUGGGCGACGAGAAGGUCCAGCUCGAGGAGUCGCAACCCAAGGUGCUAUUCAGCCCAAUGACUUACGUCCAGCUGCUGCCAGUGCAGUCGGACAAGCUGUCCACCUACCCCCACUAUGAGUGCCCGGUCUACCGGACGACAGCGCGGCGCGGGACGCUCUCCACCACCGGCCAUUCCACCAACUUCGUCAUGUUCAUGCGGCUGCCGACGGAUCAGCCGUCAUCACACUGGAUAGCCCGUGGAGUGGCCCUGAUCAACAGUCUGGCCACUUGA